CCGUCUCCCCAUUGUUCACUGAAAUCACUGUUAGCCUCAGCUGCUCAGCCAUGGCCCCCAAGAAAGCUAAGAAGAGGACAGCAGAGGGAGCCAACUCCAACGUGUUCUCCAUGUUUGAGCAGGCUCAGAUCCAGGAGUUUAAAGAGGCCUUCACUAUCAUGGACCAGAACAGGGACGGCUUCAUCGACAAGAACGACCUGAGGGACACUUUUGCUGCUCUAGGACGUGUCAAAGUGAAACAGGAAGAGAUUGAUGAGAUGCUCAAAGAGGCUCCCGGCCCAAUUAACUUCACCGUCUUCCUCACCAUGUUCGGUGAGAAGCUGAAAGGUGCUGAUCCAGAGGAGACCAUCCUCAACGCUUUUAAAGUCUUUGACCCUGAGGCGAAAGGCUCGCUGAAGAAGGACUAUGUUACACAGAUGCUAACAACGCAAGCAGACCGAUUUUCCCCUGAAGAGAUGGAGCAGAUGUUCGCUGCAUUCCCCCCAGAUGUGGCAGGAAACCUGGAUUACAAGAACCUGGUUCACAUCAUCACCCACGGAGAGGAGAAGGACCAGGAGUAAACCUUUUCAACAACAAAUACAACGUUUAUCUUUUGCCCGUACAUGACUUGAACCUGGCCCGUGAAGGCCCUUUGUUUUUGCUGCGUUCUGCUCAGUUCUUACUCAGGAGCCCAAGACAAAAUGUGCGUUCACAGGCCCCAAAAAUGGACAGUAACCAAAGUGAGCUUCCUCUCUGCUACCUGUAUGUUCUUACAUUCAACUGAGGCAAACAAAAUAUUUUUUAUUUACCUACGCUUCACCACACCAUCUAUGUAUUUGAUCCAACUGUUAGGUCUGUGAAUGAUUGUCUAAUAAAAGUUUUAAAAUAC